AUGAAGAGCUAUUUGUUGCUGUGCGUGGCCUUGGCUGUCUCCUUGGGGGUCGUCCUUGUGGCAGGUUAUCCCCUGGACCACAAGAAUGAUGAGUACGUGCUGGUCAAUAACAAGUGUCAGUGUGUGACAGUGACCUCCAGGUUGGUCCCCUCCAAAGAUAACCCUGAGGAAGAAGUCCUGGAGAGAAACAUACGCAUCCUAGUCCCUCUGAAGGCUCGAGAGAACAUCUCUGACCCCCUGUCUCCGGUCAGGACCAAAUUUGUCUACCGCAUGACGGAACUCUGCAGGAACUGCAAUCCCACAGAAAUUGAGCUGGGUGGGGUGGUCCACCAGGUCCAGCAGGGCAACUUCUGUGAUGAGCCCCAGACCUGCUACACCUACGACAGGAACAAGUGCUACACCUCAACCUUCCCAUUCCUCUACAAUGGGGAGGUGAAGCAUGUCCCAGCAGCUCUGACACCAGCAUCCUGCUUCUCCCAGUAG